CCUGGACCUCGUCGUGUUGUGUUGCAAUAUGGGCCAGUUCCUUGUCUCUCCCUCUCUUCCCAUCCUUGCCAAGUUCGCCGUCCACCACCGCCUGGAUUGAUUAUAUCUCUCAGACGUCUCUUCACGACGUCGUCCGCUCUCUUUCCUCAGCCGUACCAGCCUACGCCCGCGUUCACUCCUUUACGCGUCCCUCGCACUCGUUUUCGUCGCUCUCUCGCCUCGUUCAGUCGUUACAGAGACUCGAUCUGAGAUCGUCCCAAUCGCACUCCUUUACAAGCACACUCUCAGAAGUCGAACUUCUCUCAAAGACAGCUAUCUCAAAGCCACAAGAGUUCAUCUCUCUGCACAUAGCAAAAACACCACAAACAGUCAAGAUGCACUUCUCAAUGAAAACCAUGGUGCUGGCCACCCUCGCAGCUGGCCAGGCAUACGCUGCCAGCAUUGGGCACCAGCACUCUUCCGCCCACAGCCAUGCCCGCAAGCAUAACCACGUCGAACAAAAGCGUGCCACCGCCCUCAGCGAUGCCGACGCCAGCAGACUCAGCAGCCUCGGUGUCGCGAACUUGGGCAUGAACUCGGCCGUUGCCAACGGACUUGCCUGGUUGUCCGGCGGCGAGAGCGACAGCAACCCAUGGAAGGCCAACUUCAUCAACAACGCUGGUGAAGACAUCGUCCUUGUCUGCUGGGGUGUCGCCGGCUCUUGGAUCAACGCAGUUCAGCCCACCAUCACCGCUUCGAUCGCCGCCGGCUCCUCGAUGAUGGUCAACUUCGCUGACGGCGCCUCGGGCGCUUGCUCCGCCAUCUACCCGGACACUCAACUCAUCAACGGCCAGGCCAGCAACACCUGGAUGGAGUUCACCUUUGGCGAGUGGGGUGUGGUCGAUGUGUCGCGCGAGGUCAACAUGAACGGACACAGCCUCAGCAUCGUCGGCCCGUCUUGCACCUCGAACAUGGACACAUGCGUCUUUGUCUGCCCGAGCGGAGAUGUCUGCACGACCGGCUACGUCCUCCAGAACUGUGCCAACGGAUCCCAGCCCGGUGCCAACUAUGGUACCUUUGCUGGAGCACCAUCCGGUGGAUGUGGUGGCAUGGGUCAAUCCGCUACCCUCCAAGUCACCUGGUCAUGAAAGAAAAAAAAAUCACAUGGCUAGAAACAAUUCGAUGGAGGGGAGGUUGGUAACAUGGUAAAUGUCCCUGGGUAUUUGUGAAUGGUUCCGGAUUGAGGUGUGUUUGUGUGUUGUGUGCAGGGAUGAUACCUCCAACGUCAACGGCAACAACAACGACAACAACAUCAAGACAUCAGGCAAUCGCCAUUCUCGGCUUUCUUGGACAAAAUCUAUGCUCGGUCCGCAUUUGCUUACCGACCUCUCUUCUAUCUCGUUGCCAUUUGGCAAAAUUUCUUACAAUCUCAUUUGUCCCCCAACGUUUGAGGAUGUGUUGGACAUGGGUUUCUUUAUAUCUUUGUGCUUUUACUUGUAUAGAGGUUAGAUCUAUGUCUAGGUGUUUUUUUGAAUACUAUACCAUUGAAAAAUCCCA